AUGUAUAUACAUAUAUGUAUAUAUAUAUAUAUAUAUGUAUAUAUAUAUAUAUAUAUAUAUAUAUAUAUAUACACAGAUUUUUUGCAGUCUUUUUGCAUAUAUACCCACAUCGAUUGUUUCGGCACCUCGUACAAGCCCCACAGCCGAGGUUACAUCACCACAGCUCCGCACGACGAAAGGUGCCAAGGGAACCCGAAUGCUCCUAUCCAAUGGGACAACAAUGCGAAGAUCGCAAACUUCCUCGCGGCGAAAGCCAUGGCCGCUUCUCGUGGCCAGAGCAUCCGGGGGGCACACUCCGUGAGGAAGCCCAAGGACAUGCUUGUCUCCGCAUACUGCUACCACCACCGUGGGAAGGAGUUCGGAAGCCCGAUAGCGCCCUGGCCCGAGAUCAUGGCCAUGGGGCCCGAGGAGGGAAUGAUGGCGCUCUGGCCCCUGAUGAGCUUCAUCAUCCAAGACAUGGUGAACCUCUACAGAGACACGACAGCCGAGGAGAUGUUCCACGUGAGGUUCGAGGAGAUUGCCCCAUCAUCGGAAGGCUUUGACAAGGUGGUCCAGGGCCUCUUCCAUUUCCUCUUCGCGCCCAUGGUCUCAGAAGCAGAUCUGCAAAGGGCAUGGCAAGCAGCCAAGGUGGAGGACCUGAACGUAGACCCCAACUUCACCAAUGCGAUUGCAGACGAUGGCCACGGCAACGACGACGAGUGCCUCAGGGCCGGCCAAGAAGCCAUGAUGCGGCUGGACCCUCGCCUGGUGCAGCAGCUCAAGGACUGGCAAGCGCUCCUGGGAUACACAACUGAGAACUGGCCGGACCCCAUCAUCGGCUGA